GCAUCUCCUUUGAUAUAGAUGUACAUGUAGCAGUCUGAUUCAUCGCCUCUUUUCCAGAUGACGAUGGAUGCCAGCGCUGUUCAGGCGAGAAGAGCAGCGGGGCCGAGCAAAGCACGGAGAUCCCGGCGUGAAUCAUCGUGUGUGCUGUCUGUGUUUCUGUGAUUGUGUCGUUUGUCAUGGGAAUCUCUGCAGAUGUCAACGUCGGCGAUGCGGCAGCAGCUGCUGGCACAGAUAACAGGCUAUCAGACCAAUCAGGCGAGGGUACGCAAUCAACACACUCAUUCAUUCAUUCACUCACUCACUCACUCAGUCCAUCGCUCAUCGGUGCCUGUGUGUGUGCUGCGGUGUACAGGUCAACAAUUGCAUCGGCCGACUCUCUCAGCUGGACACCGCUGCGAUUACACCCCUGGUGCGGCCAGACUGCCACACAAUGACAGCACAAAGGCCUCUGUGUCAUGGUGCUGUCGUGUGCUCUCGUGCGGUUCAUUCGUCAGAUGUUGGCCAGGGGUCAGUCGUCAGCUCGCCAACGAAUCGGCCCGUCUGGCCCAGCUGGCGGACGACAUCGACUCGACCAUCGCACUCACAACACACACCCGCACUCAGGUGAGAGAGAGACCACACACAGGCACACAGCUGCCGGUGUGUCUUUCUAUGUGUCAUCAGGCCCAGCGGCGGUUGCACCUGACUGACAUUCCCGCCGAGCCGAUGAGUAUCGUCCUGGCACUCUCUGACCCCACCGCCGUCGGCCGACUCAAGGCGACAGCCCGUCACUUGAGAAACGCCCUGCGGCCCAUCAUCCGCCGUAUUCGGCUGCGGAAGGCCAUCGAGUGUGCGGGGGUGGGCGGUGUGGUGCGGUUCGACGAUCAGCUGUGCCACGGCGAUGUGAUGAAGGCCAUGUGGGUGGUGGAGGAGGGGGGCGAGGGUGGCUGGGGGGAGGCGGCGGACACACUCAGAUUCGCUGAGCAUUUUGGCUAUUGCCAGCUGCCGGUCACUGUGGGUGCUGGAGAUCUGCAGAUACACGCUAGCAAGGCGGUAAGCGCGACACACAUGAGAAGAGGCAAUGGGGCAAUGGGUGGAUGGCUCUCUGUGUGCUUGUGUGUGUGUUGGCUGCAGGAGUACUGA